ACAAAAUACAAAUUAAAUAAAGAAAUAAAAAUUGAAAAAUACGCAUGGGAAAUAAAAUAUGAAAAAAUUGGUUUACUUUGUGGUGGCGAAAAGAAUUUCACAAGCUGUUUUCACACUUCCACAUAUUCGAGAGGCGCCCUGAAACUGGAAAAUCCCAAAAUCGAAAUUGCUUUUUGAACAAUUAUUGGCAAUAUAAUAAAAUUUUUGAAUUUUCCGAUUUGUUUUUCUGUUUAGGAGAAUUGAUUUAUAAAAAAAAUACAUGUACAUCAUCGAGCCUUAGUGGCAAAAAGGACAUUUUUUCAAAAUUUUCCUCUUGAUGCAGAAAUGUUCCUAAAUGUAUUUCUGCAUCAGAAAUAAAAUUUUGAAAACAAUUUCGCUCACGGCUUUUUGGCGGUUAGGGCUCGACAUAUUUCAUCUUUGGUUAUUGGGCUUCGAAUUUUAAAUUAUGAAAACUUUUAAUAAGUUCAGAUUGAGGUCGAAAUAUCGACGGUUAAAAAAUUUGUUUUAAUUAAAAUCUGGGUAGCGAAAUUAUUGAAAGUUUUCAUAUUAAGCGCAAAUAUUUUUUGUUAACUCAAUGCCUAGUGGAAAUUCGGCACUACUUUUUCUUCAUUCGCUGAAUAGCUGAAACUAAGGCCUUUCACAUCCAACUAGGUUCCUUUUGCACGAACCACUUAUUUAUGUAUCCCUUAUCAAUUUUCAAAUUAACGAGGAGUAAUUUUUUUUUGAUAAGUCUACUUGAUAACCUUUGCUUUGAAUGAAAACAAACAAAAACUUACGAGUUUACCAAGUUCGAGUGUAUCGCUUUCCAGAUAAGCAACUUAUCAGUGUUUUUGAUAAGUUUGUCGGCUAAGCACAGCACAGCACAGCGCAACACAUGCUAAAGCAACUAGGCUAUGUAAGCUUGUGUAGUCAAUGAUGCUCUGUAGGAAAAUGCAUUAGUAGCGCAUGUGUAUAAUCAAAAAUUCGGAACAUCGACUUUUCCUUCAGCUUGGGCCCAGGCCAAAAAACCUUCACCGGUAGCCAGCCGCUCGCAUUUGUCAAGUUCCGUCGGGUUGCUCACACCAAAUAUAGACACAGCACUUUUUUCCUUUCAUUAUGUACACGGCAGCACUUGUUAUCGUGGUCUGUCCAUCGGUGUCGAGUUCACCAGAGCACCAUCGUUCGCGGGUAGUGUGCUGGCGUAGUCUUCUGGAGAUUCUCGGAUUACAUCUCUGGCAAAAAGUCGGCUUUCCAAAGAAGUAUUUCGCUAAGCGCCGUCGUUCGAAUUCGCCGAGUCUACACUAGCACUCGACCAACAAGUCGUUCCAUUAGUUGAAAAAAUUUCUGCAGGGUCAUUAUAUGUAGUGAAGAUAGUAGCAGAGUGAUAGACGUUACCAAAAAAAUGUGAAAACCAAACAAAAACUGAGCUAUAUUUGGCUGUAUUGGCUAUAUAACUUCACUUUGGUUAGGUCUGCCGAAGAUGUCGCGCGCACAAAAUAGAGAGAAAAAAUUGGCGGUUUUGGAAGUAGUUAAAAAGAAAAAGAAUAUUUUAUUUGGAAAAUUUCAAAAUAAGGUCGCCAAUAAAAUCGAAAAGGAGGCUGCUUGGAAGGGGGUGCUCGAGAAAGCGCAAUCCCUGGGUUUGGCUGCGCCCAACCGCGAUUGGACUUAUGCACGGGAUCAUAUAUUUGGCCUCUGGAAAAGUCGUGCAUUGGCAAAAAGAGACGUUGCUAGAAAAGCUGGAGUCAUUAGCACUUCAAAGUCUUUGGUUUGUGACGCAGUAGAUGCCUGCAUAUUGGAUAUUUUGGAAAAUGAGUCGACUGUGAAGAACGACCUUAGCCUACUCGAGGGUGACGGUUCGGAAACAAAUGUGGAAUCACAAAUCUCUAAUAUUAACGAAUCACAACUCAGCUCACAUAGAACAGCCACAAAGCAAAGUACAAAACGAAAGCGCGACAGUUGCAUUGAUAUGGGGCGCUUGAAAGCAGCGGUACUCGAAUCUGAAUUAUACAAAAAUAAGCUGAAAAUUUUGGCGUUAGAAAGAGAUUUGGGCCUUAAACCUUCAAAAUUUACAAAAAAACUUGCAAAGCUUAAAGUGCGCAAGUAGCUGAAUGAAAAUGAAGCAAGUGAACUACUGCAAUUCAAUGUAUUACGCGUAAUUCAAGUGCAUUGAAUCUACUAUUUAUUGCCUGAUUUUAUUAUUUUAAUAUACCUAUUACCUAUAUGUACAUAUGUGUAUUCAAAGUUUGAAAAAAUAUCAUAUUUUUUAUGUUUUUGUUUAUUUAAAAACACUCCUUUAUUCUUAUUCUAACGCUAUUUAAUCUUUUACUACUAUUACUUUGACUGUAAAAUAUAAUGCCGCAAUAUUGGCGUCCGAACACUAAGCGUCUUUAUUUGCCUACAGUGGCUUCAAAACUACGCUGCAUUGUGCCGCUGCUUGCUGCGCUCUGCUGGGUGCCUGAUAUUUGAGCCACUGAGCUAAUGAAUAGAAAAAUUUAAAAUUAGUCAGAGAUUAAGCCGGCUAAAAUAUGGUACCAAGUACUCGAUUUUCUCAUUCCUUUUCCCACGUAUGAAAUGUAGAUUAUAAUCACCAAAUAUAAACAAGAUAAAUAUAAUUAACAACCGGCUAUAAAAUAGUAGCGGGUAAUCG